GUGCUGGUGAGGCUGGUGUCCAAGGCCCGCCGCUACUUCCCCCCCUCCGCCCUGUGGGAGGUGUGGCGGCUGGUGGGGCCUGCCGUACGGGGGGUGGCGCGGGGGGGGCGGCCGGACGCGGGGUGGGAGGGGGCGGGGCUGCUGGCGCUGCUAGCACCCACCCACAACAUGUGCAGCCUGGAACCCGCCUCCCUCAACUCGCUGCUGUCCGAGUGGGUGGGCGCCUGGGGGCUGCAGGCGCAGAGUGCGGAGUGGGACGCGGCGUGGCUGGGGCUGCUGGGCCGGGCGGCCAAGCAUGACUGGAAGGGCUACCUCGACUGGUCCCCCCACCUGGCGCACAUCUUCGCCGCCGUCACCGCCCUCUUCCAGCUCCCAGUCGGCACCUCCGGCCCCCUCGCCGCAGCGGGCGGAAGAGGAGGCGGAGGAGGGGGCAGGGGGGGCGGGGGAGGGGUGGGGGCGGGGGGAGCGGAGGGGCUGGUGGGGAGGGGGGUACCGGCGAGGGCGGCUGGGCUGUAUAAGGAACAGAUGACCCAGGGCCCCCGCCACGCCGCCCGCCUCAUCGUGCACCUCCUCCGCCACCCACCUCCCACCACCACCACCGACCUCACCUCCACUGCCACCGCAACCGCUGUUGAUGCUACUUCGGCCCCUACAACCGCAGCCUCCUCCUCCUCCUCCUCCGCCUCUGCCUCUGCCUCUGCCGCCGCCGCCUCCGCUGCUGCUGCCGCCCACCUGCAGCACCUGACCUCCCUUUUGGAGCAGUACUACCAUCCCUCAAACACGGGCAAGUGGUGUGGCUCGCUGUCCUCCUUCCUGCGACACCUGGUGGAGGCGGCAUGCAAGCAGCUGGAGAGGCAGCAGGGGGGGCAGCAGGGGCAGGGUCAGGGGGGAGAAGGGCAGGGGGGACAAGGACAGCAGCAACCCCAGCAGGGACAACAAGGGCCGCCGCAGCAGCAACAGCACCAGCAACAACCCCAGCCGCCGCAGCAUGAGGACAGCGAGGCGGAGGACUACCUGCGGGUGUCCCUCAGCGGUGGGGGCAGCAGCGCCAACACCAGCGCGGGGGGCGCUGCAGGGGGAGGUGCGGGAGCAGCAGCAGCAGCAGCUCCCGGCUUCCGUCCCCCUGCCCCACCUCCCCCUACCGCCUCCCAGCUGCAGGAGCCCCAGCUGGCGGUGCUGGUGGGGUGCUGUACGACACUGGCGGCACGGGGGCAGUUCUCCAAGGAUGCGGGUCUCUCCGCCACCUCCAUCUCCGCCCUCUCCCGCCUCGCCCUCCUCUCCCCCGCCCGCGUCCUCCCCCUCGUCCUCUCCCGCUUCCGCACCGCCCUCGCCUCCGCUACCGCCCCACACCAGCUGGCAGCCGCCACCUCCACCCUCGCGCUCUGCGUGCGGCCGCUGCUGCUUGCUUGGAACCGGUGCUGCGGGGCCGAGGGGGGAGGAGGUGGUGGGGAAGGAGCAGGAGGAGGAGGAAUGUACGGCGGAGGUGGUGGUAGCGGUAUUGGAAUGGAGGCGGGAGGAGAAGGGCACUUCGGAGGGGGAGGAGGAGGAGGGUUAGGAGAGGAGGAGGGGGCAGCAGCUCUCCGUGCGUCCUCUGCUGCCCAUUUGCUGUCAGAGGCGCUCAUGGCGGUGCUUCCCGGGCUGGAUGCGAAUGACGAGGGCAAGACAUGUGCCGUACUACAGCUCUACGUUGCC